AUGUGCUGCGGCAAACGUAGGAUUCUCACGGGAACUUACCCAGAGGAGACAUCUUCAUGCAGGAAAAGGAGGUUCUAUAUAAAUGAACAGUCGGCACAUGAUGUACGGAAAUGUGUGGUGUGUACCCCAGUUAACGGUACCAUAAUUUUAAAUCAGGCGUUAGACUUCGAUAAAAAAUGGAGCCCUCAAAAUUUGAGUCCUGUUAAGGCCAUUGACCCCGGGAUGAACGACCUAUUUAGAUUGAAGGAGGUCAUCAACCAAACUCCUUGGACCUUGGACCUCCUUGGACCCUUAGAUAAUGGGAAAUACGAAAUAAAAAACUACCUUCAAAGUCUUGAUUAG